AUGGCAACUGUCGUAGAAAUCAUAUUCUUAGGAACGGGUACUUCCAGUUCAGUUCCCACUAUUGCAUGUCUUACAAAUCCCGAGAAGUCCUGCCCAGUAUGUUUAUCCACCCAAACGCCUGAGGGAAUAAAAAAUAACAGAAGAAAUACAUCCAUGGUGGUUCGUUAUCCAAGUGCUGUGGAAAUCCUCCCUCGUUAUGGUGUUCGUGAGCUAGACGGUGUUAUCAUUACUCAUGGCCAUGCCGAUGCUUGUUAUGGUAUGGACGACUUACGAGGAUGGACCUUAGGUGGUGCAAUCCAACAACGUAUCAAUGUUUAUUUAGCUCCAGAAACAAUGGAAGUUGUUGCAAGAACAUUCCCCUUCUUGGUGGAUUCAUCGUUGGCAACUGGUGGCGGAGAGGUAGCGGAUUUUAAGUACCAUGUCUUUGAUCCCAAGAAAGAUUUUACAAUUGAAGGCCUUGAUUUCACACCUUUAGCCGUGCACCAUGGUAUAUACAUGACGACCAAAGAGCCUUAUAUUUGUUACGGAUUCAAAUUUGAUGGCGUCAGCUAUAUAUCUGACACCAAUUUUAUUCCUGCCGACACAAUGCAACUCAUUCAGGGCAAGUCAAGAAUUUUUGUUGUGGACUGUUUAAGAUGUAAGUAG